AUGCCACGCCUCCUUCAACGGACUCGCCGACCGGAUGCCACACCCUCUGGUCGCUCGACUGCCGACGGUGCCCCUCUGGACCUGCCUCCUUAUGAACAGCCUGCCUAUCCCAUGGAUGAAAGGACCAAACAGAAACUUGCAAGCCUGAUUAGCGGCCGCGACAGCGACAGUGAACGGCGCAGGUAUGAAGCGCACCUCGCAAAGUCUUCGACCUACCUGUUCGAGAGCGUCGGCAGCGUUAAUGACAUUCUGUUUGCUCGCAAGCGGGAGCUCGCCUCCAUGGUUGAGAAGCGUCGGACCAAGGAGAUACAGGAAAAGAGCGAGGCCGAAAUAAACCUGGAAGCAUACGUAGCCCAGUUGGAAUCAGCUGUCGGUGAUCUAACCGACUCAUCCGAGGAGGCUAUGCGCUGGGUCAUCGACUCACGCGCUGAGCUCGAGGAUCAACGGGCCGUGCUGGAAAUAGUGCUGGAUGGUUUGAAUGCGCAGCAGUCUCGUCCUGAACCUGAACCGACUAGGUCGAAGGAGAAAAUAAAGCGACGUGAAACUGGCAGUGGGGAUGGCGAUGACGACGAUGCAGCUUCGACACACGAUAUGGACGAGGACAUGGAAGAUACCAAAGAUGCAGCUGCCGCCGCCGCACCUCCUAUAACCGGCGUGACUGAGUUGUUGGAAAGCGCCCGUAGGGCCAAGCUCGAGGAGUACAGAGCAUUGAGUCCUCAUCGUCGCUAUGCCCUCAACAACGACUACAUCUCGUUCAAAAAGAAUUGGCACGAUGCCUUGCACCCGGAGGAUCAAGUCCCACUCCCCGAUGCGUCCACAUGGUUCGACGAGCACGGCAGGCCCACCAAGGACAUGGGGCGGGAUGCCGACGAGGAUGCCGACCUCGUGGUUGAGCGUGAGAUCAUUGAUCUCAAAUGUCCACUGUCACUUCAGGUCAUGAAAGAACCCUGCAGCAACCACCAGUGCAAGCACACGUUUGAGAAGUCUGCCAUUGUCGAGUUCAUACGGAAUUCCAACGGCUUAGCAAAAUGCCCAGUUUGCUCCAAGGACUUACGCAUCAAGGACCUGUAUCUCGAUGAGGUGAUUCUGCGGAAGAUCAAGCGGGCAGAACAAGCUACCAGGAGAGAAGUGGAUGACACGUCGGACAUAGAAGCCGACCCAGAUGCUGAUUCUAGUUUGGUUGUGGGAAGGUCCACCAACAUCAAAAAGGAGAAAGGCGAGCAUCGUCGCCGCCUGGAGGAUAUAGACGACGACUGA